AUGUCCACAUAUGACAGUGAAUCAGAUGAAUAUGAUUAUUAUGAUGAUGAUGGUAUUUGUGAUAUUCACAAAUUCCGCGAUGAGGCGAUUACCAUACAGACCUACAUGUACUCCCUCAUCUGUAUCGUCGGUCUUCUGGGCAACAUUCUGGUCAUUGUCACCUAUGCAUUCUACAAGAAAGCCAAGUCCAUGACUGACGUGUACCUCAUCAACGUGGCUCUCGCGGACCUCAUGUUUGUGGUGGCCCUGCCCAUGAUAAUCUACAACGAGCAUAACCAUUGGCCCAUGGGCCCCACUGCCUGCAAGCUUCUGAGAGGCACCUACAGCAUCAACCUCUACAGUAGCACGCUGCUCCUGGCCUGCAUCAGCGGCGACCGCUACGUGGCCAUAGUGCAGGCCAGAAAGUCCUUCGGCCAACGGUCCUACGGGCUGGUGUACAGCCGACUUGCCUGCCUCGCCAUCUGGGCACUGGCGGUCGGCCUGUCCAUGCCCACCUUCAUGUACUACGACACCUACGAGGAGGACAGAGAAAUCCAGUGCAGCUUCAAAUUUAGCAGCAACAACACAGACACUGCCAAGCUGAUGAAGGUGCUGGUCCCCAGCACGCAGAUAACCGUGGGCUUCUUCCUGCCGCUGCUGGUCAUGGGCUUCUGCUACUCGAGCAUCAUGGUCACGCUGCUCCGCGCCAAGAACCUGGGCCGGCACAAGGCCAUCAGGGUGGUGCUGGCCGUGGUGCUGGUCUUCAUCGCCUGCCACCUGCCCUACAACGUGGCCCUGCUGGCCCACACCGCCAGCCUGUUCAAGGAGAGGUCCUGCUACGCGGAGCAGAUCAGGGUGGCCACCGUGGCGGUGAUGCAGAGCGUGGCCUACCUCCACUGCUGCCUCAACCCCUUCCUCUACGCCUUCGUCGGGGUGAAGUUCAGGGGCCACUUCAAGGGGAUUAUCAAGGACCUGUGGUGCAAGGGGAAGAGUUACAUUAACAACAACACCACUUCGAGGCAGACGGAGGAUUUCUACAUCCCGGUGGUGUCAAGGUUCCAGGCACCAGAGGGCCACCAAAGUGAAAAUCCGUCGUCUUUCACUAUGUGA